CUUCCCUUCCGGAAGUGAUCCACGUGCUUCCGGCGUGUUUUCCCCGAGCACCCGGCAAGUUUGUACAGUAGUUUUUGCCCGCAAUUGGCGGCGCCCCGGCGCUGUGACCCGCUGCCGACCGUGAUCCAGGUCUCCCACGGGGCUGGGCUCGAUGGACCCGCUCAGGGCCCAGCAGCUGGCGGCGGAGCUGGAGGUGGAGAUGAUGGCCGACAUGUACAACAGAAUGACCAACGCCUGCCACCGCAAGUGCGUGCCCCCCCACUACAAGGAGGCGGAGCUGUCCAAGGGCGAGUCAGUGUGUCUGGAUCGGUGCGUCUCCAAGUAUCUGGACAUCCACGAGCGCAUGGGCAAGAAGCUGACUGAGCUGUCCAUGCAGGACGAGGAGCUCAUGAAGAGGGUGCAGCAGAGCUCGGGGCCUGCGUGAGGUGGGCGGCGGGCGCCUGGCCAUCCCCAGGGUGGCGGUCACUGGCGUGGCCAAGGCUGUGUGUAUAUGUGUAUAUAUUAAAUGUGCUUUACAGGC